AUGAUGGCUAAGUCUUUGGGAGAGCAGAUAUCCGAGUUGGCUAACAAGCCAGCAGUCGAGGAUUACGAUAUUGAAGACACGGAUUUCAAGAAUAAUAGAGCGGAGUCAAGCGAUGAUGAGGGAAGUGGUGAUGAAGAUAACGAUGAGCUGAAGAAAGCGCAUUAUUUGAAGGUGGAGAAGUCAAAAUUGAGAAAAGAAGUUGCUUUGGAUGUCACUGAUGCCAAAUAUGGCGGUGUCAAAGGGUCUAGAGGCCAGCUUUACAACUCUGAACCAGCAGCUGACGAAAGUGAUGAGGAUAUCGAUGACGACAGUGAUGCUGUAUCGUUUAGAACAGACUCUGAAGAUGAGGAAAUGCAAGAGGAAGAGAGUGCCGAUGAGAGUGUGGAAGAGGGAGAGGAUAAUGAUGACGACGAACAGGCCAGAAGAGAUCGUCUGUCUAGACUUGUUCAGCAAGAGACACAACUAGCAAUGAAAAAAUUAUCUUCCACCACUCAACGUGAUGCUAUGAAAGGUUAUGCCAUUUUAAACCAAACCAAAUUGUUCGAUAAUAUCAUCGACUUGAGAAUAAAAGUGCAAAAAGCUCUGCUCGCUUCAAAUUCAUUACCUUUAACAACCGACUCAUGGAACUUAUACAUGAAAGAUGACAACAAGAAGUUAUUAAAAGAAAAUAAGAAGUUAUUAGAUAAGGUGCUCAAUCAGUUGAUCGAUUUCAGGACUGUAUUCCAAGCUAAAGACAAUAUAAAUCAAGAUCCAAAUGAAGAUCUGCAGAAGAAGAAGAGAUCCUUCGAAGACAUUACAACCGAUACAAAUUCAUUAGAUUUAAAAUUGAAGGAGUACAGAAUUGCAGUGCUCAAUAAAUGGUCAAACAAGAUUUCAAUGGCAUCUGGUAAGUCUCAAUUAUCCUCUAAUAAAUUUAAAUCCAUCAAUCAGCCAGCUAAUGUCCAAGUAGAAAAUCAAUUAGCAGAUUCACAAAGACUCCAUAAACGUACAAGAUUGAAUAGAAGAAACGUUGUCCCAUUGAACUUCUCCAAUGAUUUGAAAAAUGGUAAAUUAACAAAAUUACAGCAACCUGUCAGUGAAGAAAAUAAUGAUGAAGAUGAUGAUGCAGACAUUCCAAAAAAUUACGAUCCAAGAAAAAAAGACAAUAUGUCAAUUGAUACAACUGAAAAUCCAUAUAUUUUCGAUGAUGAAGAUUUUUACCGUACAUUAUUGAAUGAAUUAGUGGAAAAGAAAAUAGCAAAUUCAAAUUCAACUACAAACUCAAUCACCAUAACAACAGCUUCAAAAAAUAACAAAUUAAAGAAGAACAUCGAUACAAAGGCAUCAAAGGGAAGAAAAUUAAAUUACUCCAUUCAAGAAUCGAUAGCUAAUUUUGAAACUCCAAUUAAUGGAGGUUACAAAUGGGAUGAUCAACAAAUUGAUGAAUUCUUUGCCGGUUUAUUGGGUCAAAAGAUCAAUUUUAACGAAGAUGAGUCUGAAGUUGAAAGUGAAGUGGAUGUUGAGGGUGAAGCAAUUAAAAAUGAUGAUAUCCAGAUUUUCGGUUAA